UUCAGCGAUCUUGAAGGGAUGUAAACAAUCGGCGCUAUGAAUGUUAUUUUUUUAUUUGUGACAAUAAAUGACUAGUAUUUUUAAGACUGUUUUUUUUAAAUCUUUUGUGAUCAUUAUUAUUAGAGAAAUAAUUUUCACUUGGUCAUUGUCUUUCAUAACCUAUAUUUUUGGUAUUGUCACGUGUGAUAGUUGAGAGCAAAAAAAUAUACGAAUGUUUCCAUUUUACUGGGUAAUUGUAGUUUUUUAAAACAAUAAUGUCCGACGCUUUUGAAGAAAUUCAGGCUAUUAAAUUAAAGAGAACCAGCCUGCGUGAAAAAUUGCAGAAACGAAAAAGGGAGAGAAAUGAACUCUUCACUCUCACGUCGACUUCAUUGUCGUCUUCCCCUUCGUCUGAGUCUCAGAGUACUGCCGUAGAAGCCACAUCUUGCGCGCGUUCUGAUCAUUCCGAAUACGAGCAAGACAUUUUGUGCAUAUUGCACGAAUGCCUUUCCACACUGCCGAUCACUUCUGCCGAACUAUUGGACCAAUUACGAAAGAAUUUGAGCGCAGACGUUUCUUCUGCAGACAUAAGUAAAAUUCUGGAAAAACUCGCCGCUCAGGAUGUAAUAAAAAUCAAAGAGGUGACGGAAGAUGGAGUUUUUGGAUAUACAGUUCUGUCUGUGGCGGAGGCACAAUCGGCUCAGUCGCCUUAUCAAUCAAUUGUUAUUGAAAGUCCAGAACGAACUGAAUCAUCUGUGUCAGAAUCAAAUGAAGAUGCGCCACCUGAAAAGCAAUCGAAGCAGGACAAAAUCGAGGACAUCAUGGCCUUGAUAUCGACACCGACGAUCAGGGAAAAGGAGAGCAAGAAGGUCGGGGAACAAAUCCUCGACCUUUUGUCAAAGCAAACCUCCAAGGAAAAAUCUUUGGCGGAAAGAUUUCGAUCGCAGGGUGGAGCUCAGGUGAUGGAGUUUUGUCCACACGGUACUAGAGUUGAUUGCGCUAAAAUAAAUCAGACGAGUGGACAAGGAUUUUCUGGGAAAUGCAAAAAGCUGCAUUUUAAAAAAAUUAUUCAAAGUCACACGGACGAAUCUUUGGGUGACUGUAGUUUUUUGAACACUUGCUUUCAUAUGGAUACUUGCAAAUAUGUCCACUAUGAGGUAGAUAGUUUGUCGCCCCAACAAAGAGAUCAUCACGUAUCUCUUGAUGUUGAGGGAAACGGAAACUCGUCAAACCUAGAAUCUACCUCCUCCAGUGUAACAAAUAAAGCAACAAGUAUUAUCUCAUCAGCAGACUCGUGUCCAAGACUCGGAAGCACAAAUGUAAAUAACUGCACCUCCGGAACAGAAUUAACUCUCUACCCCGCACAAUGGAUCCAAUGCGACCUUCGAUACUUGGACAUGUCCGUCCUGGGUAAAUUUGCAGUAAUAAUGGCAGAUCCGCCAUGGGAUAUUCACAUGGAAUUGCCUUAUGGAACAAUGUCAGAUGACGAAAUGCGGCAGCUUGGAAUUCCAGCACUUCAGGACGAAGGAUUACUUUUUCUCUGGGUAACUGGAAGAGCGAUGGAGCUCGGCAGAGAAUGUCUUCAACUGUGGGGAUAUGAAAGAGUUGAUGAGAUAAUCUGGGUGAAGACGAAUCAACUUCAGAGAAUAAUUCGAACAGGGAGGACAGGUCACUGGUUGAACCAUGGCAAAGAACAUUGCCUAGUUGGAAUGAAGGGAAAUCCUAGAAUCAAUCGAGGACUCGACAGCGAUGUUAUUGUCGCAGAAGUCAGAGCGACGAGUCACAAACCUGAUGAAAUUUAUGGGAUAAUUGAACGUAUGAGUCCUGGUACUAGGAAAAUUGAACUCUUUGGUCGUCCGCAUAACGUACAGCCGAAUUGGAUAACCUUGGGAAAUCAGGUCGAUGGUAUUCAUCUCAUAGACCCACAACUUAUAAAAGCUUUUAAGAAACGAUACCCCGAUGGCAAUUCGAUGAAACCCUGCAAAGCCUAGGUUCACUUUGUAAAAUUAGGUUACUGUACCCCAUUUUAGUAUAAUUUGCCUGUUCUGCAUAGGAAGUUGAAUAAAAUAUUUUUUCCAACUAGCAGAGAGGGUUGCUACAGAAGUCUGGUUUCAAAAUUCCAUGACUUUCAGGUCUUGUAGCAACCCUGAAACAGAUUUAACUAUUUUCGCCUGAUUUUGUGGUAUAAAAAAAAAGCUAUAAAAUGUUAAUUAAGUGAGAGGAUUUAAAAUAGAAUAUAACUAUAAAAUUUUAUUCAAGUACUCACCAAUAAAGUGAGUUUAAAUCUUGUUUU